AUGUCGUCGCCGUCGCUGCCCACCGCGCGCCUCCCGCUGCGCCCGUCCCCUGCCGCGGCAACAACGCCGCUCUCCCGCCGGGGCGCGCCCGCCCGCUCCCUCGCGGCAUCCCCCGCCCCCGCCAUCGCCCUCAAGCCCCUCGUCUUCAAGGCGCCCGCGUCCGGCUCCUACCGCUCCGCGCUCCUCCUCCACCGCCGCCGCCGGUAUGCGCUGCCCGAGACCGCCGUCUCCGAACCAACCCCCAAGGUCACCAAGGAGUACCUGGACUGGGACUCCCUGACGGGCAAGUUCGCCGCCAGCGCCAACGUGCCCUUCCUCCUCCUCCAGCUCCCGCAAAUCAUCCUCAACUACCGCAACCUCGUCGACGGCAACAAGAGCGCCCUCUUCGCCGUCCCAUGGCUCGGGAUGCUCACCGGGCUGCUCGGCAACCUGGCGCUCGUGUCCUACUUCGCCAAGAAGAGGGAGACGGAGGCUGUCAUCGUGCAGACGCUGGGCGUUAUCUCCACCUAUGUGGUCAUCGUCCAGCUUGCCAUGGCGGAGUCCAUGCCCUUCCCGCAGUUCGUGGCCACUUCGGCUGUUGUCGGCGCCGGGCUUGUCCUCAACUUACUCAAUUACAUUGGGUGGCUCCCAGAGACCCUCUGGCUGCUAUGGGAGGAUUUCACGACAAUCGGCGGCCUUACCGUGCUCCCUCAGGUCAUGUGGUCAACGUUUGUUCCCGUCCUCCCCAGUAGCAUACUGCCUGGCAUAAUCUGUGGCUCUUUGGCUGUUGCUGCUGUCGCAAUGGCAAGGAUGGGCAAGCUUUCCGAAGGAGGAACUAAAUUUGUGGGGUCGUUGUCUGGUUGGACUGCCACACUUUUGUUCAUGUGGAUGCCAGUUGCACAGAUGUGGACAAACUAUCUCAACCCAAGUAACAUCGAAGGGCUGUCAGCGUUCUCAAUGUUGCUUUCAAUGAUUGGAAAUGCACUUAUGAUUCCUCGUUCUGUAUUUAUCAGAGAUCUGAUGUGGUUCACCGGUUCUAUUUGGGCAUGUGCCCUACAAGGUUGGGGCAACCUGGCCUGCAUGUACUGCUGCAACAGCAUCAGCAGGGAAUUUUUCUUCGCGACGACAUUUGGGUUGCUUCUGUGGCUAGGCCAGCUCGCUUGCGCAGAAAGGGUACAGUGGAGGAGUGGUAGCAGCAGAUCUAUUCUAUUCGUUGUAAGAAAAAUAAAAGUUUGCAUUUCUUCUCACCUUGAAUAA